AUGGCGAGGCAGACCGGGGUCUUCUACUUAACCCUGGUCCUCAUCAUGGUCACCAGCGGGCUUUUCUUCGCGUUCGAGUAAGUGUAAAUUACACACUACAGUUGCUCAUGCAAGACCUAAACAUAAUUCACUGGUGAUGCAAUGAGCGCAUUUGGCACAAGCCAGGUGAGCAAGGGGUAGGCUAUGUAACCGCAGUCAAUAUGUUUUGAAUUUUAGAUAUUCGGAGUUCGCUCGUCAAUAGCUCUCAGACGGAAGGUCCUAGGAUGAUAAUGCUAUAACUAGAAUCAGAUGAUGGUAGAGAGCAAGGUACACCCUUUGUUUUUACCGAUGGUCGAACUAUUCCCUUAACAGAGCCGAAAAGGUGGCGAUAUGCUGAUUUCUGGCGCUCAGUUGGUUUAGGGACCGUCGUAAAAGUGCUAUAUAUGUGUUUGUAUGUUAACAAAACGUUAUUUUUUUGCAUUCCCAUUCAGGAGGGUUAGCCCUAUAUGAACAUUACACACUGCAUAAUGCCUCCAGUCGCUAAAGGGCCCAACAUGUUUAUUAGUUACCUCUAACCACUAAGGGUGCUAUAUUUGGCCGAUUUACAAGGAUACCAGGUGAAAUUGAGAUGUAAAACCACAUAAUGUGAAGUCACUGACCCCCCCUCAUCCAUGCUACAUUCAUUACAAUUCCAGUUCACCACCCUGAUUUUUACCUGUAUUUUCCUGAUAUUUUCAAUAGCUCACUGUCCAUAUGAGUUACAGAUAUACAUACAAGUGUGUUGGGUUCCUUGAUCUCUUAUCAAAGGUACACCUCACCUUUGUUUUUCCAAAAAUGUUCACCUAGUACAUCUGUGGUUAUUAAUUCUCAUAAAGAUCAAAUGUUCAAUAGCUUCCAGUCCAAAUGACAUAUACAGUGAGCUCCAAACAUAUCGGGACAGUGACACAUUUCUAGUUGCUUGGUCUCUGUACUCCAGCACUUUGGAUUUGAAAUGAUACAAUGACUAUGAAGUUAGUGCACACUGUCCGCUUUAACUUUAGGGUAUUUUCAUCCAUAUCGGGUGAACAGUUUACAAAUUACAGCACUUUUUGUACAUAGUCCCCCCAUUAUAGGGGACCAAAAGUAUUGGGACAAAUUCACUUGUGAAUUAAAGUAGUAAAAAGUUAAGUAUUUGGUCCCAUAUUCAUAGCACACGAUGACUACAUCAAGCUUGCAACUACAAAUUUGUUGGAUGCAUUUGCUGUUUGUUUUGGUUGUGUUUCAGAUUAUUUUGUGCCUAAUAGAAAUGAAUGGUAAAUAAUGUAUUGUGUCAUUUUGGAGUCACUUUAAUUGUAAAUAAGAAUAUAAUAUGUUUCUAAACACUUCUACAUUAAUGUGGGGCGGCGCACAAUUGGCCCAGCGUCGUCCAGGGUAGGGGAGGGAAUGGCCGGCAGGGAUGUAGCUCAGUUGGCAGAGCAUGGUGUUUGCAACGCCAGGGUUGUGGGUUCGUUUCCCAAGGGGGGCCAGUAUGAAAAAUAAACGAACUGUAAAUCGCUCUGGAUAAGAGCGUCUGCUAAAUGACUAAAAUGUAAAAUGUAAAAUGUAAAUGUGGAUGCUACCAUGAUUACGCAUAAUCCUGACUGAAUCAUGAGUAAAGAUGAGUGAGAAAGUUACAGACGCACAAAUAUCAUACUCCCAACACAUGCUAAACUCUCACCAUUACAAUAACAGGGGAGGUUAGCAUUUUUGGUGGGGUAUGAUAAUUGGGGAUGCUAUAACUAUGGGAUCAAAUACUUAACUUUUUACUACUUUAAUACACAUAAGUGAAUUUGUCCCAAUACUUUUGGAAAAUUGUUAAUACAUUUGAAAAUGUAUUAAAAAUAAAAAACUGAAAUACCUUAUUUACAUAAGUAUUCAGACCCUUUGCUAUGAGAAUCAAAAUUUAGCUCAGGUGCAUCCUGUUUCCAUUGAUCAUCCUUGAGAUGUUUCUACAACUUCUACAACUUCUACAAAAACCAAGCCAUGAGGUUGAAGGAAUUGUCCGUAGAGCUCAGAGACAGGAUUGUGUCGAGGCACAGAUCUGGAGAAGAGUACCAACAUUUUUUACAGCAUUGAAGGUCCCGAAGAACACAGUGGCCUCCAUCAUUCUUAAAUGGAAGAAGUUUGGAACCACCAAGACUCUUUCUUGAGCUGGCCGCCCUACCAAACUGAGCAAUCGGGGGAGAAUGGCCUUGGUCAGGGAUGUGACCAAGAACCCGAUGGUCACUCUGACAGCUCUAGAGUUCCUCUGUCGAGAUGGGAGAACCUUCCAGAAGGACAACCAUCUCUGUAGCACUCUACCAAUCAGGCCUUUAUGGUAGUGGCCAGACGGAAGCUACUCCUCAGUAAAAGGCACAUGACAGCCCGCUUGGAGUUUGCCAAAAAGCACCUUAAGGACUCUGACCAUGAGAAACAAGAUUAUCUGGUCUGAUGAAACCAAGAUUGAACUCUUUGGCCUGAAUGCCAAGCGUCACAUCUGGAGGAAAACUGGCACCAUCCCUAUGGUGAAGCAUGGUGGUGGCAGCAUCAUGCUGUGGGGAUGUUUUUCAGCGGCAGGGGCUGGGAGACUAGUCAGGAUCGAGGCAAAGAUGAACGGAGCAAAGUACAGAGCGAUCCUUGAUAAAAACCUGCUCCAGAGCGCUCAGGACCUCAGACUGGGGUGAAUGUUCACCUUCCAACAGGACAACGUCCCUAAGUACACAGCCAAGACAAAGCAGGAGUCUCUGAAUGUCCUUGAGUGGCCCAGCCAGAGCCCGGACUUGAAUCCGAUCGAACAUCUCUGGAGAGACCUGAAAAUAGCUGUGUAGCGACGCUCCCCAUCCAACCUGAUUUAGAUAAUAAAGCAUUUGACCUUUCCAUUUAGUUAACGAUGGAGGAUUGCUUGAUUUCCAGUUAAGAAUACGUUUUUUCAAGAUAAUUGACGAGAAAAGUAUCAUCCAACCCAUAGAUCUCUAAGCUGCUGCAGGUUUCCAAAGGGUCAUUUUUAAAGGUUUAUAUAAUUGCAGUCUUUCCAUCUUGCAAUCAAAACGGGUUCCAAUUAAGAACCUUUUUGGAUUUUCUUAGUGUAUCAGCCUGAAAAGCCUGAAAUUCAAUGGCCUACUCAUUGAGUGCUAAAAUGCCACAAAUGUAAGGCAAUUAAGUCACAUACACUUAUGUCUUCAAUUAGAAUUGUUGAAGACAGCUUGUAUAGGCCCAAUGUUAUCACAUGCAAAUUCAUUCAUUUGACAUCAAUCGUAAUACGCAAAGAGUCGAGAGAUGACUGACAGAGAUUUUCCAGUCAGUCUCCCCAUCCCCCACCUUUCCCUCUGUGGUCUUUCAUUCCUCCCACAUUCCACACCACAACUUCCAAAACAUGGCACCCUGGUGUUCCCGUUUCCGUAGUAACUGUUUCCUCUUAAGCUCUUUGUGUCCUGUCGAACCAACAGCUUGCGACUCCAAGGCAACUGGAGGAGAGUCACUGAUUGUCCCAGUUUGAUUUGGCCUGUGUCCCAAAUGGCACCAAGUUCCCUAUAUAGUGCACUACUUUUGACCAGGGCCUGGUCAAAAGUAGUGUCAAAAGUAGUGCACUACAUAGGGAAUAGGGUGUCAUUUGGGAUGUAGGCAGCCUUGGUCUCUGUUGGUUGUAUUUGAAUCAGGGAUAAGACUAAAGUAAUUGCACUCCUCUAGCCUGAGUGAAGAGCGUCUCCAAACAUUCAUCCGUUUAUAGUCCUACAUGCUCUUGGGAAACAUUGCACAAAUGGUCAAAUGAAUGUGUUGUGAUUCAAUCAUGGAAUGGAUCAACUGCUGGUUACGUUUGCAUGUUGUUUACUCAUUGUUGCAUGAAGCAUCAGAAACUUAAAUGACGGAGAGACGCUUAUGCCUGAAUGUUUUCACUUCUCCUCUUCUCAAGGCUGAGAAACAUUCAUUUGAAUAAUGGGGAUACAUUUAUAAUAAUAGGACCCUGAACACCAUUGCCUGAAAUUUUCAGUCAAGAAGAUAUUGUCCUUGUGUAUUUUUAAGCUUUCAUUCAGACUAUUUUUCCAGUACAUUAUCCAAGACUGUCCAUAUUCCAUAGUCUAUAUAUAAAGGGCACAGUCCUUUUAUUUACAAAGGCAGUGGGAUAGAGAAGUGCAGCUACAGUUGAAGUCGGAAGUUUACAUACACCUUAGCCAAAUACAUUUAAACUCAGUUUUUCACAAUUCCUGACAUUUAAUCCUAGUAAUAAUUCCCUGUCUUAGGUCAGUUAGGAUCACCACUUUAUUUUAAGAAUGUGAAAUGUUCAAAUAAUAGUAGAGAGAAUGAUUUAUUUCAGCUUUUAUUUAUUUCAUCACAUUCCCAGUGGGUCAGAAGUUUACAUACGGUCAAUUAGUAUUUGGUAGCAUUGCCUUUCAAUUGUUUAACUUGGGUCAAACGUGUCGGGUAGCCUUCCACAUGCUUCCCACAAUAAGUUGGGUGAAUUUUGGCCCGUUCCUCCUGACAGAGCUGGUGUAACUGAGUCAGGUUUGUAGGCCUCCUUGCUCGCACACGCUUUUGAGAUGUUGCUUCAAUAUAUCCACAUAAUUUUCCUUCCUCAUGAUGCCAUCUAUUUUGUGAAGUGCACCAGUCCCUCCUGCAGAAAAGCACCCCCACAGCAUUAAGCUGCCACCCCCAUGCUUCACUUCACGGUUGGGAUGGUGUUCUUCGGCUUGCAAGCGUCCCCCUUUUUCCUCCAAACAUAACGAUGGUCAUUAUGGCCAAACAGUUCUAUUUUUGUUUCAUCAGACCAGAGGACAUUUCUCCAAAAAGUAUGAUCUUUGUCCCCAUGUGCAGUUGCAAACCGUAGUCUGGCUUGUUUAUGGCGGUUUUGGAACAGUGGCUCCUUCCUUGGAAGGUAGCCUUCCCCAAGCUUCCCACAAUAAGUUGGGUGAAUGUUGGCCCAUUCCUCCUGACAGAGCUGGUGUAACUGAGUUAGGUUUGUAGGCCUCCUUGCUCGCACACGCUUUUUCAGUUCUGCCCACAAAUGUUCUAUAGGAUUGAGGUCAGGGCUUUGUGAUGGCCACUCCAAUACCUUGACUUUGUUGUCCUUAAGCCAUUUUGCCACAACUUUGGAAGUAUGCUUGGUGUCAUUGUCCAUUUGGAAGACCAUUUGCGACCAAGCUUUAACUUCCUGACUGAUGUCUUGAGAUGUUGCUUCAAUAUAUCCACAUCAUUUUCCUUCCUCAUGAUGCCAUCUAUUUUAUGAAGUGCACUAGUCCCUCCUGCAGCAAAGCAUCCCCACAGCAUGAUUAUUAUUAUUAUUAUGAUGCUGCCACCCCGUGCUUCCCCCCCCCUUUCUCCAAACACAACGAUGGUCAUUAUGGCCAAACAGUUCUAUUUUUGUUUCAUCAGACCAGAGGACAUUUCUCCAAAAAGUAUGAUCUUUGUCCCCAUGUGCAGUUGCAAACCGUAGUCUGGCUUGUUUAUGGCGGUUUUGGAACAGUGGCUCCUUCCUUGCUGAGCGGCCUUUCAGGUUAUGUCGAUAUAGGACUCGUUUUACUGUGGAUAUAGAUACUUUAGUACCUGUUUCCUCCAGCAUCUUCACAAGGUCCUUUGUUGUUGUUCUGGGAUUGAUUUGCACUUUUCGCACCAAAGUACGUUCAUCUUUAGGAGACAGAACGCGUCUCCUUCCUGAGCGGAAUGACGGCUGCGUGGUCCCAUGGUGUUUAUACUUGCGUACUAUUGUUUGUACAGAUGAACGUGGUACCUUCAGGCGUUUGGAAAUUGCUCCCAAGGAUGAACCAGACUUGUGGAGGUCUACAAUUUUUUUUCUGAGGUCUUGGCUGAUUUAUUUUGAUUUUCCCAUGUUGUCAAGCAAAGAGGAACUGAGUUUGAAGGUAGGCUGUCACGAUCGUUUACGAACGAGAAGGACCAAGGCGCAGCGUGAUAAGCAUACAUGUUUAUUUACACGAAAUAAACACACGACAAACAACAAACGAACACGUGAGUCCAAGGUCGAACACAACAUACCUUCACACGGAAAAUGAUCCACAACUCACAGGUGUUGCAAAAGGCUGCCUAAGUUAUGGUCCCAAAUCAGAGACAACGAGCUACAGCUGCUCUGAUUGGGAAAACCACACCGGCCAACAUAGAUUACACAUCUAAAUCUAACAUAGACAAUCAACAUAGACACAACACGAAAAGAAAAUACACCCCCUACGCAACAAAUGAGAGCCUCAGAGUCAGGGCGUGACUAGGUCUUGAAAUACAUCCAAAGGGUACACCUCCAAUUGACUCAAAUGAGUCAAUUAGCAUAUCAGAAGCUUCUAAACCAUGGAAAUCAUUUUCUGGAAUUUUCCAAGCGGUUUAAAAGGCACAGUGAACAUAGUGUAGUAAACUUCGGGAAUUGUUACAGUGAAUUUAAGUGAAUAAUUGUCUGUAAACAAUGUGAAUUUUGUUUAUGACAGUAGAUGUCCUAACCGCUGCACUAUAGUUGUAAGAAAUUGUGAGUGUUGAAAACGUUUUAAUGAUUUCCAAGCUGUUUAAAGGCAACGGAACAUAGUGUACAUUGAACUCUGACCCCUGGAAUUGUGAUACAGUGAAUUAUAGUGAAUAAUCUUCAUAAACAAUUGUGAAAAAAUUACUUUUUUCAUGCACAAAGUAGAAUGUCCUAACCGACUUUCCAAAACAUAGUUGUUAACAAGAAAUUUGUGGAGUGGGUUUAACACUAGUUUUAAUGACUCCCACCUAAGUGUAUGUAAACUUCCGACUUCAACUGUAUAUACUGUAGAUUGAAAGACUCAUUACUGUGUCCCUACCCAACCUUUCCCUCCACUGUGUGCCAGAUUCGCCAAGCCCUCUGACAAUUAUCCCUGUUUUGGGUAAAAUGCCAACAACAACAUUGGUUGAUAACCUCCUGCUUAGACACAAUGGGAGAUAUUUUUAAAGAGGACUAAGCUACUACUUGGAAACUGUCUGCAGCUAUUUCCAAUCCCUAUAUGACGAACUGAAAAGGUCUCUGAGUUUUGGUCUAAUUCAAUUCCAGUGUAACCGCCUCCCAGAGCUAAAAUGGCAGCUAUACAGCUCUCAUAUCAGUCAACACUGACUAUGCAACAGUAAGUGGAUAAAAGCAUGAUAUUUCACUUCAUGACUAGUACCAUUUAAGAUUGAAUAUAGUUUUAGAGGUGCCUCUCUACCCUCUCUGCCUAGGCUAUAACCUGAAACCAAUUAAUCAAACCUGCGCUCAACAUACCCCCCUCAUGAAAUCAUGGGGAUCUAAAUGUCUGAUAUUGGAACAUCCCAUAGAGGACUUUAUUAGGGGAACCUGCGUGGGGUUAUUUCAUAAGAGAUUUGGAUGUUGUGCCCACUCAAAUAUGAAUAGACAUCCAAUCCUUUUUCUAAUCAAAUCGUUGUAUAAUAGAUAAUACUCAGUCUAAUUUAGGAAGGAACUUUCCAAAUCUGUCCAAACAUUUAUGUUAUGGGCCACGUCCCAAAUGGCACCCUACUUACUACAUAGUGCAGUACUUUUGACCAAGAUGCCAUUUGGGAUGCAACCAUGAUCUGAGAAUGAUUGAAGUCCUCUGAGAGGAGCCAUAGUGGAGUAUUUUAUGAAUCUCCCCACCAAGCCAAGAAUAACAGGAUCUGGGGCUGUUCUUACCAACCCAUAGGACCAGUCGCUCUGCCCUCUCACUCAGUCUGGCAGACAUAGGCAAAGUUAUUUCAUGUUAAGGUUGCCUAAGAAUAUGGAUCAUCAGGGCUAAUUAAUGUUUUAAGUAUAUUGACCAGAGUGCUAAAGGUAAGCUAUUAGUGAUGGGGGAAAAAUGUAUACAGUAGAGUAUCGCAAUAUAAUUUUUUACGAUAUUAUAUUGAUUACAAAUUAAUUACUUAAAAAUCAUACAAUGUGAUUUUCUGGAUUUCUGUUUUAGAUUCCAUCUCUCACAGUUGAAGUGUACCUAUGAUAACAAUUAUAGACCUCUACAUGCUUUGUAAGUAGGAAAACCUGCAAAAUCGGUAGUGUAUCAAAUACUUGUUCUCCCCACUGUAUAUGAAACAGCUUUUCUUUAUUUUGCUAAGAUGUUAACAUUAAAGGGGCAAUCUGCAGUUGCUACAUCCCUUUUUAGACCUUUAAAUUGAUGAUAUAUACCCAUUGAUUCUUGAAGAAUAUAACUUAGAUGCCUCAUGACCUUAGUUCAACUGUCCUACCACAUCAGAACCCAAAAUAUAAGCUUGUUUUUGUCUUUGUUUGUAAACUGGGUAAAUAUAAACAAACACUGUAUAGCCUCAAAACAUGGUUAAAAUUAUCAUUUUGAUAUCAUGGAUGGUCAGUCCUGCUCAUGAGUUUGAGAAUGGUUACAUUUCUCUAGCCCCAUCCCUCAGCGUUCUACCAAAACAGUGGCUUAGAGAUCACUUUGUUAUUGUUUGAACUGCAGAUUACCGCUUUAAAUGGUGAGCUAACAUGUUUUGAGCACUUAUUUCCAUGACUGAUCAAAACUCAUUUUCUCAUGGCUGUCUCUAGUCCCUCUACAGGAUAAAUAUAGUGACCAAUGUUUGGAACAUCGAAUCUCAAUGAAAUUGCCGUAUCGAAUCGUAAUACAUAUAGAAUCGUGAUACAUAUAGAAUCUAGGGCCGUCCCAGACCCAAAAAAAUCUUGGUCGACCAAGAGUCGUCUGUUCUUUCAACCAAUCAAUUGGUCGGAAUGUUACCUUUUUUAUAUAGACACACCCUAUGUGUUUUAUUAAAAUCAACUAUAUGCACUGAGCUUGAUGCUUUAAGAGCACUGUUUGAAUAAAUAAUUAAGACACACAAAUGACUUGAGGGAGCCAGAGAUCAAGAUAACCAGAAUAAAAAUACCUGUUCCCGACCCUCCUGCUCCUGCUGGCCUUCGCAGAUUCUGCCAUUACGCUCCUGAAGUUGCUGGUAAUAUGCUAUACCAGGGGUUGUCAAGCUUUUUCAUGUGGAGUGCCAAUUUACAAUUUAUCUUAUUAUUUUUUUCUUCUCAUACACAUUUUAUCUUACAAUUUCUAACUGAUCUGCGUGCCAGUUAUGAUUUUCAUAUACACAUUUUCGUGGAACAUUUCAAUUAUAUAUAAUGUUAAUAAUUUUGUACUAUUGCCAACUAGGUAAAAAUAGCCUACAUAAAGCCAACAAAUAAAAACAUUGCAGGUAGAAAAUAUCCUGAUUUAAAAAUAAAUAUCCUAUAGGCCUAAAUCACAUUGGCAACACAUGGAGGUUUGUUCAUGUUCUUUCAAUCGCAUUCAUCUCUCUACUCCGCUUGUCUGCAACAAACUUGAAACAUAUCAACUAUCAACUGGGUCCGGCCCGCAGCUCGCGCUAGCAAACUUGCAACAUUGUAUCAACUAUUCUGGGGCCUCAGUUUACUGUGGCAGUGAGCUCCAGACAGACACUGCUGUAUUUGCAGAACUUCACAAAGGAUAAGAAAGUAGCCUAAUCAGGUAUUUUAUUACGUUUUCACUGCAUUAUAUUUUCCCCUUUCACACCGAGCCUUGGUGGUUAUAAGGGAGAGAGCUGGUAAGAAUUGUCAAAUACAUUGAGGAGCUAUUGUAUAUCAUUCUCAGUGGAUUUAAAUACAGACUUUGUUUACUUGCUGUUUGAGGUGAAGAAAAAAUACUUUGAGAAGCUCCACAGCUCAUUAGCGGUGGUGAGUUAAGACAAUCAGAAAUACUAUCAGACAUCCCCAAAUGUGUACAUUUGCGCACAGGCCAGGUAGCCUUACUUCGAUGCGUAAACGGGUGUGAAUCUUUACUCAACAUAAACAGGAGCACUCCAACCAAAAGACAAUUAAUAAAUUGACAAAACUCGUAAAUGGAAUGAAAUAAACCAAAACUUGUUUCUCACAAGUGUAGGAUAGGUUGUGAGCUCUGCAAACAACGUGUCCACUCCGACAAUGAGAACGGUAAACGACUGUAAUAACAAUAUAUUGAAUGCAUUAACAGAAAUGACCGUAACCAAACAAACAUUGUAGAUUAGAAAUUAUGGGAAUUAACGGUAAAUGUAUUACUGGUGAUAAAUGUAAUUGGGAAUUGAUAGUCACUAACAAUAAAAGGGCAAACAAUUCACACAAUGAAGUUAUGAAACAAUGGAUGCGCACGAAUUGGCCGGAGAGAGCAUUCUGGAGAGAGAUGCACCUUGUGCAGAGUGAUGGACCGAGCCAUCCCUGCGGCCUCCGCAAUGGAUUAGUCCACGCUUCAUGUCCACCAGGUGCAUCAAAGUAUUGCGUUCCGGCAGAUGUCAUUCAUUUUCAAUGGAGCAGUCCGCAACACUACAUUGGGUAGGCUACGGUGCGUUCUGUGUAUCACGUGCAUUCAAUAUUUUCAACUUGCGUGUUGCUUUACCGUGCGGUGGUACAAAAGGGAGUACACAAAGACUCCAACUAGCUAGCUUUUAGCGAGUUGAAAAGCGAAGUACACUACCGGUCAAAAGUUUUAGAACACCUACUCGUUCAAUGGUUUUUCUUUAUUUUUACUAUUUUCUACAUGUAGAAUAAUAGUGAAGACAUCAAAACUAUGAAAUAACAAAUAUGGAAUCAUGUAGUAAUCAAAAAAGUGUUAAACAAAUCAAAAUAUAUUUUAUAUUUGAGAUUCUUCAAAUAGCCACCCUUUGCCUUGAUGACAGCUUUGCACACUCUUGGCAUUCUCUCAACCAGCUUCACCUGGAAUGCAUUUCCAACAGUCUUGAAGGAGUUCCCACAUAUGCUGAGCACUUGUUGGCUGCUUUUCCUUCACUCUGCGGUCCAACUCAUCCCAAACCAGAUGGGAUGGCGUAUCGCUGCAGAAUGCUGUGGUAGCCAUGCUGGUUAAGUGUGCCUUGAAUUCUAAAUAAAUAACAGACAGUGUCACCAGCAAAGCACCCCCACACCAUAACACCUCCUCCUCCAUGCUUUACAGUGGGAAAUACACAUGCGGAGAUCAUCCUUUCACCCACACCGUGUCUCACAAAGACACGGCGGUUGGAACCAAAAAUCUCCAAUUUGGACUCCAGACCAAAGGACAAAUUUCCACCGGUCUAAUGUCCAUUGCUCAUGUUUCUUGACGCAAGCAAGUCUCUUCUUCUUAUCGGUGUCCUUUAGUAGUGGUUUCUUUGCAGCAAUUCGACCAUAAAUGACUAAAAUGUAAAUGUAAUGAAGGCCUGAUUCACACAGUCUCCUCUGAACAGUUGAUGUUGAGAUGUCUCUGUUACUUGAACUCUGUGAAGCAUUUAUUUGGGCUGCAAUUUCUGAGGCUAGUAACUCUAAUGAACUUAUCCUCUGCAGCAGAGGUAACUCUGGGUCUUCCAUUCCUGUGCCGGUCCUCAUGAGAGCCAGUUUCAUCAUAGCGCUUGAUAGUUUUUGCGACUGCACUUGAAGAAACUUUCUAAGUUCUUUACAUUUUGCGUAUUGACUGACCUUCAUGUCUUAAAGUAAUGAUGGACUGUCGUUUCUCUUUGCUUAUUUGAGCUGUUGUUGCCAUAAUAUGGACUUGGUCUUUUACCAAAUAGGGCUAUCUUCUGCAUACCUUGUCACAACACAACUGAUUGGCUCAAAUGCAUUAAGAAGGAAAGAAAUUCCACAAAUUAACUUUGAAGAAGGCACACCUGUUAAUUGAAAUGCAUUCCAGGUGACUAUCUCAUGAAGCUGGUUGAGAGAAUGCCAAGAGUGUGUAAAGCUGUCAUCAAGGCAAACGGUGGCUAUUUGAAGAAUCUGAAAUAUAACAUAUAUUUUGAUUUGUUUAACACUUUUUUGGUUACUACAUGAUUCCAUAUGUGUUAUUUCAUAGUCUUGAUGUUUUCACUAUUAUUCUACAAUGUUGAAAAUAGUAAAAAUAAAGAAAAACCCUUGAAUUAGUAGGUGUUCUAAAACUUUUGACCGGUAGUGUACAUAUGCGUCAGGUACGUAAAAUGCGGGCUAGACAUCCGGCAAAACAAACACAUAUGCAUCUGGUGGACAUCGGGCAUGACAGAUCUUUUAUCAAUUUGCGACCGCUAGACUAAAUAAAAUCUCCGUCAACCAACAGCCUAUCGACCAAACAAUAGACCAGCGACUAAAUGGGGUCAGCCCGAAUAGAAUCUAAAUACAAAUCGUAUCUGCACCUAAGUAUCGUGAUAAUAUCGUAUCGUGAAGUCCCUGGUAACUCCCAAUCCUACAAGAUAUGGAGUGUACUGUUUGCAUUAGAGCUGAAUCCACAGCAGACAGCCAGUGACUGUUGUUGUGGGAGGCCAUUCAAUUUGUAUGGAAAAAUGCAUAUAAGGCCAUACCAUAUUUAUGGAAAGCGCCCAGUCCAGGGGUCGUACUUGUAGCCUACAUCAUACUGCCUCACGCUGUAAACAGGAGAUUGGCCCACAGGGCAGGAGCCUUUCUGGCUCAGACAAGGCUUACUUUAUAUUUAUUUUAAAAAAUGCACAGAAGGCCAUACCAUUGCCAAAUGCACACUUGCACAGAAUGUGCUACUACACACCCAGACAGUAGCAGGCUUUGAGAAGAGAAGAAUGGAGCCUUUGUUCAUAUCUAUAAAUAAUGUGAAAAUAAACACGAGGGCGUACCUUUCAUUUCAUGGCUUUGUCACAGAUGCCAGUCGAAUAAUAUGCUUGGAAAUUGUUUUUCUUCUCAGGCUUAGGCCAGUAGAUUUCUGUCAGUGGAGGCAUUCCAAAUGGCACCAUAUUCCCUAUAUCCUCCUGAGACCCAAAAGAAACAAAAAAGUUUGGGAUGCACUUAUUUUUUGCACAUCAUAUACAGUGGGGAAAAAAUGUAUUUAGUCAGCCACCAAUUGUGCAAGUUCUCCCACUUAAAAAGAUGAGAGAGGCCUGUAAUUUUCAUCAUAGGUACACGUCAACUAUGACAGACAAAAUGAGAAAAAAAAUUCCAGAAAAUCACAUUGUAGGAUUUUUUAUGAAUUUAUUUGCAAAUUAUGGUGGAAAAUAAGUAUUUGGUCAAUAACAAAAGUUUCUCAAUACUUUGUUAUAUACCCUUUGUUGGCAAUGACACAGGUCAAACGUUUUCUGUAAGUCUUCACAAGGUUUUCACACACUGUUGCUGGUAUUUUGGCCCAUUCCUCCAUGCAGAUCUCCUCUAGAGCAGUGAUGUUUUGGGGCUGUCGCUGGGCAACACAGACUUUCAACUCCCUCCAAAGAUUUUCUAUGGGGUUGAGAUCUGGAGACUGGCUAGGCCACUCCAGGACCUUGAAAUGCUUCUUACGAAGCCACUCCUUCGUUGCCCGGGCGGUGUGUUUGGGAUCAUUGUCAUGCUGAAAGACCCAGCCACGUUUCAUCUUCAAUGCCCUUGCUGAUGGAAGGAGGUUUUCACUCAAAAUCUCACGAUACAUGGCCCCAUUCAUUCUUUCCUUUACACAGAUCAGUCGUCCUGGUCCCUUUGCAGAAAAACAGCCCCAAAGCAUGAUGUUUCCACCCCCAUGCUUCACAGUAGGUAUGGUGUUCUUUGGAUGCAACUCAGCAUUCUUUGUCCUCCAAACACGACGAGUUGAGUUUUUACCAAAAAGUUCUAUUUUGGUUUCAUUUGACCAUAUGACAUUCUCCCAAUCCUCGUCUGGAUCAUCCAUAUGCACUCUAGCAAUCUUCAGACGGGCCUGGACAUGUACUGGCUUAAGCAGGGGGACACGUCUGGCACUGCAGGAUUUGAGUCCCUGGCGGCAUAGUGUGUUACUGAUGGUAGGCUUUGUUACUUUGGUCCCAGCUCUCUGCAGGUCAUUCACUAGGUCCCCCCGUGUGGUUCUGGGAUUUUUGCUCACCGUUCUUGUGAUCAUUUUGAUCCCACGGGGUGAGAUCUUGCGUGGAGCCCCAGAUCGAGGGAGAUUAUCAGUGGUCUUGUAUGUCUUCCAUUUCCUAAUAAUUGCUCCCACAGUUGAUUUCUUCAAACCAAGCUGCUUACCUAUUGCAGAUUCAGUCUUCCCAGCCUGGUGCAGGUCUACAAUUUUGUUUCUGGUGUCCUUUGACAGCUCUUUGGUCUUGGCCAUAGUGGAGUUUGGAGUGUGACUGUUUGAGGUUGUGGACAGGUGUCUUUUAUACUGAUAACAAGUUCAAACAGGUGCCAUUAAUACAGGUAACGAGUGGAGGACAGAGGAGCCUCUUAAAGAAGAAGUUACAGGUCUGUGAGAGCCAGAAAUCUUGCUUGUUUGUAGGUGACCAAAUACUUAUUUUCCACCAUAAUUUGCAAAUAAAUUCAUAAAAAAUCCUACAAUGUGAUUUUCGGGAUUUUUUUCUCUCAAUAUGUCUGUCAUAGUUGACGUGUACCUAUGAUGAAAAUUACAGGCCUCUCUCAUCUUUUUAAGUGGGAGAACUUGCACAAUUGGUGGCUGACUAAAUACUUUUUUUCCCCACUGUAAGUGUUUGGGGUGAAAAACAAAAUGUUACCAAGAAAAAAAGUGAGAAAAUAUUGUUAUUUAUCUUUUAUUGUAAGUGCAAAAUUGUCCUCUGUAGUGGUCAUUAGGACGUAAAUAUGAAAACAUUUACAUUAAAGCACAGAGUUUCUAAACCCAGAGGCGCAACAUCGCGAGACUUCCAGGAACGCUUGCAAAACAGGCAAAACAGACCAGGCCCGGGGUUUGAGAAGUCAAUGAGGGAAGUGAACAAUUCUUCUUUAGUUGUUCAUUUUCUCAAUGUAAAGGCACAACCUAGAUUCCAGCCAAUGUCUUAAGUAGUUGAACAUGUUAUUACUCCAACCUUGUGAAAGUGACACGUCUUAAUUUUCAUCAAAAACUACUUUAUAUCGAAGGAGUGUGUGUAAUUCAUAAUUACACACACUUCUUUUAGAAUUUCUAUCAAAUGUGCUAAUUUUGAUGGCAGACAUUUUUUUAAGAACCAGGAAGAUAAAGUUGUCAAGGUCACCCUCACACAUCUCAUUGAAAAGUCCAGAAUGUCAUCUCAAAGGGACAACAGGACUUAAUACAGUGGCUUAUAUGGCCUCAGAGAUACAGACCAAGAACUAAUGUCCACUAGAGAGGACAAAAAUGAAUUGCUGGGUCUCAGGAGUAUAAAAUGGUGCACUACGUUUCACCAGAGCCCUAUGGGGUGUGUUGAAUUGUGCCACUGAAAAGCAGACUAUUCAUUUUCACUUUCCAGCAAGAUCAUUUCUCAUUGGACCUGGCUCUCUUGUCUGGUCACCUAAUGAAGUCAGAUACAGAGGACAUGACAGUAGUGGUUUAAUGUGAUUACACUAACCAACAUCUGUUAAUGAACAAAACACUGGGCUUGGUUUAAGUGAGUUAGCUAAUCAAAUCCUUACUGUGUGUGUGUGUGCGUGCAUGUCUGUGUGUGUGCGCGCAUGUCUGUUUGUCCUAACAGGUUUGUUAGUUGUAAACAUUCCACCCACCCAAAUACAGAGACCACACCAAGAACAGCUACUAAUUAGGCCUACAUACUUUUCCAUUCUUAAACUUUUCUUUCUAUCUCCUUUCGUGCAGCUGUCCGUUCCUGGCGUCCAACCUGACCCCAGCCAUCCCAGUGAUCGGAGGGGUGCUGUUAUUCUUUGUGCUGGGGAUGCUGUUCAGGGCCAGCUUCAGUGACCCGGGGUUCCUGCCCCGCGCCACGCCCGACGAGGCUGCCGACCUGGAGAGACAAAUAGGUAACUAUGGAGACGACCUGGUUUCCUUACGGUCCAGAGUCCAAGGAAUGGGUUCCCAAAUGGCACCCUAUUCCCUAUAUAUUGUACUACUUUUGACCAGAGCUGGGUUUUGGUCAAAAGUAGUGCACUAUGUAGGGAAUAGGGUGCAUUUUGGGACUUGGACCAGGCAGGACUCUGCACUCUGAGUCUCUGAUGCUGCUUUUUCUCCUUGUUUGUGUUCAGCUAAUGAGGCAGAUAGAUUUGAUAUCAACGUGAACUUCGCCCGACCACUAUCAAACGGUGUGGAUCGAGCCAAUCACAGGCGGCCUCUAAACGCCUGUGUAUGUCUGUGUGUCAGUGAGAUAAGGUAUUCACUGUUGUUUAUGUUUGGAGAUGACAUCAGCUUUGAGAGGCGCUUUGCCCUGAGCACCAAUGGCAUGUUGUCCAAACAUCCUGAUUAAGGGCCUCGUUUUAGAGUUAAAUCUAGAAAAUAUCUCAUCAGAGUCCCAAAUUCCCUAUUUAGUGCACUACCUUUGACCAGGGCUCAUAGGGCUCUGGUCAAAAGUAGUGCAAUGUGUAGGGAAUAGGGUGCCAUUUGGGAUUCAACCCUCUAUCACAGGAGCAAGCCACUAGUUCCGUUUUGUUAUGAGACGUCCAAUCCAAUCCGUACCAAGAAGAAUCAGUCAGUGAUGUUCAAUGAGCUAAAUCUGUGCAUACAGACAGAACAAUCUGGAUGUAUUUUUGGAACUUUGUUUUUUCCUGUGAAUACAGCAUUCCAGAACAGACCUGUCAAUCACUAAAGAGUCAGUACUGCAAGAAUGACCAAAUUUGGGCGUUGCUUGCUCUGUGCAUCUAACUCCAGCUUUCUUAGAGCAAGAGAGAAAGUGUCUCUCAUGGUAGCGUCCCAAAUGGCACCCUAUUCCCCAUGUAGUGCACUACCACAGGGCUCUGGUCAAAAGUAGUGCACUAUAUAGGGAAUAGGGUGCCAUUUGGGACACAGACUAUGUCUCACCACAUCAACAGUGUUUUAUACAGCCAUUGAGGAAGGGUACAAAUAAUCCACUGUUAUAUUUACUCUGUUUGGUUGUUUACUGUCUGUGGUCAGUCACAAUGUGAUGCACUAGAAAUAACAUCCACACAUCCAGUAGUAGAGGAUCUGGAGGUUCAGUACUGUAUAGUCAACUCUACAAACAGCAAAAUUGGUACUAAUUGCCGUCAAAAUCAUGCCUGAAAACAAUACCGAUAAAAAUAAUUACAUUUUGUUUAUUAAACGUUGAUGAAAAGGGAUAUUACAGGCCUGCACUGAAAAAGCGGUGAACUUUUGGAGAGGUAGUCUAGUCCUAUUGUCUGUUUCACAACCCUAGCUCUACUAGGAUUACAUGUCAGGAAUUGUGAAAAACAGAGUUUAAAUGUAUUUGGCUAAGGUUUAUGUAAACUUCUGUCACGCCCUGACUCUAGGGAGUUGUAUUUGUUGAGUCAGGGUGUGUAUUUUCUGUGUUGGGUUUGUCUAUGUUAGUUUCUAGAUCGUUUAGAUCUAUGUUGGCCAGGGUGGUUCCCAAUCAGAGGCAGCUGUAGCUCGUUGUCUCUGAUUGGGGACCAUACUUAGGCAGCCUUUUGGCACCAGUCAGUUGUGGGAUCUUGUUCCGUUAAGGUAUGUUGUUUGUAUGCUACCUUUGGCUUCACGUUUCGUUUUGUUGUUUUGUCGUGUGUUUAGUCGUUAAUAAAUAUGAAUGCAUAUCACGCUGCGCCUUGGUCCGUCUCGUUCGUAAACGAUCGUGACAGAAGAUCCCACCAAUCCUGGAUCAAGCAGCGUGACGAGGAGAGAGGAUGGACUUGGGAGGAGAUGAGCGAGAGUCUGGCAAGAGGGAUGGAGGCCAUGAUCAUGGGGGAGAGACAAGCCCAAACAUGUUUUAGGGGGGGGCUCACGCCGUGGACGACGAGGCAGCAGGAGGCCGCGAUAGAGCGGUUCCGCUGUUUAGCAGAGGAGGCCGCCAGAUUAAGGGGGCCAUUGGUUCAGAGGGAGCAGAAGGAAUGUGUAGAGGUACGGCGAGAGGAGCUGGUUAGGCAGCAGAAGGAGUGGGGGUUAAUGAAGGAACCCAGUCCCACUCCUCGCACCAAUCAAGUGGUGCGUGUCGCCAGUCCGGUCCGGCCCGUUCCUGCUCCCCGCACUAAGCCAGUGGUGCGUGUUCCCAGUCCGGCUCGGCCCGUUCCUGUCCCCCGCACCAAGCCAGUGGUGCGCGUCGCCAGCCCGGCCCGGCCUGUUCCUGCUCCCCGCAUCAGGCCAGUGGUGCGCGUCGCCAGUCCGGUACGGCCCGUUCCUGCUCCCCGCACCAAGCCAGUGGUGCGCGUCGUCAGCCCAGUCCGGCCCGUUCCUGCUCCCCGCACCAGGCCAGUGGUGCGCGUCGCCAGUCCGGUACGGCCCGUUCCUGCUCCCCGCACCAGGCCAGUGGUGCGCGUCGCCAGUCCGGUACGGCCCGUUCCUGCUCCCCGCACCAGGCCAGUGGUGCGCGUCGCCAGUCCGGUACGGCCCGUUCCUGCUCCCCGCACCAAGCCAGUGGUGUGCGUCGUCAGCCCAGUCCAGCCCGUUCCUGCUCCCCGCACCAAGCCAGGGGUGCGCGUCGUCAGCCCAGUCCGGCCCGUUCCUGCUCCCCGCACCAAGCCAGUGGUGCGUGUGUCCAGUCCAGCUCCGGUCAGCGGCUCCACUCCGGAGCCAGAGCAGUCCGCUCCACCGGUGCCUGAUCCAGUUCCGGUCAGCGGCUCCACCCCGGAGCCAGAGCAGUUCGAUCCACCGUCGUCGGGUCCAGCUCCAGUCAGCGGUUCCAGUCCAGACCCAGACGUCAGCCCCUCUCCAGGUUCGGGGUCUCCCACACCAGGGUCCAGACAGGGCGUGGUACUUCGUGGGAGGAAGGAGAGAGGAAGCAGCGCGCCAAGGUCCAGACCAGACCAGGGGUGCAACGGGGAGGUGGAGAGUAAGUGGUGGUCACACCCGGAGCCGGAUCCGCCUCCGAGGCGGAAUGCCCACCCGGCCCCUACCCUGUUAGGUUUAUGUGGCGCGGUCGGAGUCCGCACCUUUGGGGGGGGGGGUACUGUCAUGCCCUGACUCUAGGGAGUUGUAUUUGUUGAGUCAGGGUGUGUAUUUUCUGUGUUGGGUUUGUCUAUGUUAGUUUCUAGAUCGUUUAGAUCUAUGUUGGCCAGGGUGGUUCCCAAUCAGAGGCAGCUGUAGCUCGUUGUCUCUGAUUGGGAACCAUACUUAGGCAGCCUUUUGGCACCAGUCAGUUGUGGGAUCUUGUUCCGUUAAGGUAUGUUGUUUGUAUGCUACCUUGGACUUCACGUUUCGUUUUGUUGUUUUGUCGUGUGUUUAGUCGUUAAUAAAUAUGAAUGCAUAUCACGCUGCGCCUUGGUCCGUCUCAUUCGUAAACGAUCGUGACAACUUCCGACUUCAACUGUAUAUAUUUGUCAAUUACAUUUACUGUACCUUACCUGUAAAGGAUAAAAGCUGUACGUAGUAUUAUUUUCUUUUCAAGUCAGGGGAGUAGGGAAAUAAGUGAUGCUGAGUGAGUGAUAUGCAGGGCCGCAGAGCCAUCAAUGAGGUGUGGCCCCCCCCCAUCGCCAAGCUUGAGGAGCAGGCCAUGUGUGUGCAUGCGUGUGUGAAUGAAUAAAUGAGUGAAUGACAUUUUAUUUUCCGUGUCAAAUCGCCAGUUGGCAACCCAUCCCUUAUGGGAUUAAUUGACACAUAAACAAACAUUUACAAUAAUUAACUGUAAUAAUUUCAUUGAUAAUUCUUCUUCCGGUGUUCUCUGCAGUGCGCAUCGCAUAAAGAGUGAAAUAAUUAAAGAUAAAAAUCAAUACAUAAUAGUAAAUAAGGUUAUCCAAACAAUAAUUAUAUCCCUAGAGCAGUAAAAAUAUAUAUACAUUCAUGCAUACAUAUACACUGUUAAUAAAGUACCAAUCAAAGGUUUGGACACACAUACUCAUUCCAGGGUUUUUCUUUAUUUUGACUAUUUUCUACUUUGUAGAGUAAUAGUGAAGACAUCAAAACUAUGAAAUAACACAUAUGGAAUCAUGUAGUAACCAAAAAAGUGUUAAACAAAGUAGCCACCCUUUGCCUUGAUGACAGCUUUGCACACUGUUGGCAUUCUCUCAACCAGCUUCAUGAGGAAGGCUUUUCCAACAUAUGCUGAGCACUUGUUGGCUGCUUUUCCUUCACUCUGCGGUCCAACUCAUCCCAAACCAUCUCAAUUGGGUUGAGGUCGGGUGAUUGUGGAGGCCAGGUCAUCUGAUGCAGCACUCCAUCACUCUCCUUCUUGGUAAAAUAGCCCUUACACAGCCUGGAGGUGUGUUGGGUCAUUGUCCUGUUGAAAAACAAAUGAUAGUCCCACUAAGCGCAAACCAGAUGGGAUGGCGUAUUGCUGCAGAAUGCUGUGGUAGCCAUGCUGGUUAAGUGUGCCUUGAAUUCUAAAUAAAUCACAGACAGUGUCACCAGCAAAGCAUCCCCACACCAUCACACCUCCUCCUCCAUGCUUCACGGUGGGAACCACACAUGCAGAUAUCAUCCGUUCACCUACUCUGCGUCUCACAAAGACACGGCGGUUGGAACCAAAAAUCUCAAAUUUGGACUCAUCAGACCAAUUUACAGAUUUCCACUGGUCUAAUGUCCAUUGCUCGUAUUUCUUGGCCCAAGCAAGUCUCUUCUUAUUAUUGGUGUCCUUUAGUAGUGGUUUAUUUGCAGCAAUUCGACCAUGAAGGCCUGAUUCACGCAGUCUCCUCUGAACAGUUGAUGUUGAGAUGUGUCUGUUACUUGAACUCUGUGAAGCAUUUAUUUGGGCUGCAAUCUGAGGUGCCGUUAACUCUAAUGAACUUAUCCUCUGCAGCAGAGGUAACUCUGGGUCUUCCAUUCCUGUGGCGGUCCUCAUGAGAGCCAGUUUCAUCAUAGCGCUUGAUGGUUUUUGCGACUGCACUUGAAGAAACUUUCUAAGUUCUUGAAAUGUUCCGUAUUGACUGACCUCCAUGUCUUAAAGUAAUGAUGGACUGUCGUUUCUCUUUGCUUAUUUGAGCUGUUCUUGCCAUAAUAUGGACUUGGUCUUUUAACAAAUAGGGCUAUCUUCUCACAACACAACUAAUUGGCUCAAACGCAUUAAGAAGGAAAGAAAUUCCACAAAUUAACUUUUAAGAAGGCACACCUGUUAAUUGAAAUGCAUUCCAGGUGACCACCUCAUGAAGCUGGUUGAGAGAAUGCCAAGAGUGUGCAAAGCUGUCAUCAAGGCAAAGGGUGGCUACUUUGAAGAAUCUCAAAUAUAAAAUAUAUUUUUAUUUGUUGAACACUUUUUUUGGUUACUACAUGAUUCCAUAUGUGUUAUUUCAUAGUUUUUGUCUUCACUAUUAUUCUACAAUGUAGAAAAUUGUAAAAAUAAAGAAAAACCCUGGAAUGAGUAGGUGAGUCCAAACUUUUGACUGGUAGUGUACAUACACACAUACAUAACAUAUACAGAAAAAUGAAACAGAAGGCAUUUGAACCUAGUCUGGCACAAAGAGAAGAUUCAUGUGGGAGACAAGCCUAUACACAAUCUAUAUACACACAUACCAUUACCACAUAGAAGCUAAAUAUUUUGUAUUAUUUAAUUAUAGGUAACCCUUUUUCUUUUAUUCCAGGCUUUAUCUAAAUAUUCCGCAAACGGAAAUACACAAUGGACAAAAAAAACAUUUCAGUUUCUCCUCAUCGCUCAGCCACAUAAUGCCAGGGUAUAUCUGGUGUGCUUUCUGGAAUAAGAGCAAACGUAUAUCGUGGUAGAAAGGGCCGUAGAAGAUAAAAUGAGUUUCAUUCUCUAUUUCUUCGAGGUCACAAUAGUUACAAAGUCUUUCAUCUUCCAUUUCACCACAAUACCGACCUGUUUCAAUACGCAGAGGCAAUAUCCCUGAUCUUACCUGUGCACAUAGCGAUAUUUUGCUUUUAGGUAGGUGUGCCCGUGAGUGUUUGCCUAUGAGUCUAUGUGUGUGUGUGUGCCUCUUGUCUCUGAGUGGAGUGCCAGGUCCUGCUGAGCAGAUGAAUAAUGUAAUACCAAGUAAACACUGUGCCCCAGCGGCCCGCCGCUGUAAAAUGCAUCAGCGAGGAAGCCAGUAAAAUGUGCUGACUGAUAUAUCAAGCUCAGAAAGCCUAUAUACUGUUGUAGUGAGAUGUGAUGGUGUGACUUGUUUUGUUUAUCACAGGGAAAUAAAAACAGAGCCAAACUCAAACCUCCUUGGAUACAGGAACUCGUAUCUGGCCCCUACCAGACUGACUGUGCUUUAGAAAUAAGAUGCAGCUCUGAGGCUGCACUGAAUAUCCACCAUAGGAGAACAAAGGAAUAUGCUUCCCUUGUGAAACUAAAUCUGACUUGCUCUUGUUUGGUCCUCCUCAGACGCGGCUAACGGUCCCAGUGGUCCAGGGUACAGGCCGCCCCCGAGGACCAGAGAGGUGGUCAUCAACGGGCAGACGGUGAAGCUCAAGUACUGCUUCACCUGCAAGAUCUUCAGGCCCCCACGGGCCUCGCACUGCAGCCUGUGUGACAACUGUGUGGGUGAGUAGUCCUGAAAAUAAUAGGAGAAUCUGACUGACUCGAUGGCUGUUCCAUAUGCACAACUUUUGAACCACCUACUCUCUCCCAUCUCUCCCUCUCUCUUUUUCACUGUUUUAUUUCCCUUUCUAUCUGCUUCUCUCUUCUUCUCUAUUUCUCUCUUCCGCUCUUUCCCUCUCUCUGUCCACUUUUCUAUUUCCCUUUAUCUAAACGUACCUUUUCUCUCACUCUCCCUCCCUCUCUCCCUCCCCUCUCUCUCUCUCUCUGCAGAGCGUUUUGACCACCACUGUCCCUGGGUGGGGAACUGUGUGGGAAAGAGGAACUACCGUUUCUUCUACCUCUUCAUCCUCUCCCUCUCCUUCCUCACUGUAUUCAUAUUCGCCUUCGUCAUCACACACGUCAUCCUGAGUGAGUAUAACGCCGACCAGACACUGAAACACACACACACAAAGUGGUGAUGACCUGAAAUACACACAACACUGUUUUUCCCCAAACAAUAUCCCCUAUACACAUCAGGUGCCCAGAACAUACUGUUUGUUAUCCAGAUAAUAUAAAAAAUGACAAGAUGAGUGAAUGCAUAAUGCUGGUAUUUCUCUUACACAGUAUCAAGCCUUCUCUACUUGUAACUCAAAUUUUCCUAACCCCAUACACAGCAGUUGAGCAGACGGUUUCCCACAACCAGGUUUUCAGGUGUAUUUCACCGUCAGCAGUAUCCACCCAUAAACAAAGGGCUUCUAGCCCUGAGCAGCACCACCUCCUAGGGCACUUCAUCUCGAUCAGCCACCUCCACUUCCACUCCGCCCCUCCACCUCCACCCCUCUUCAAAACACUACCCUCCCUCUCUCCCUGCUUCCCAGCGCCAGUGGAGGCUGGCUGUCAGGAAAGCUGCUGACGCGGCUGGUCUCUCUCUCUCUAUGGGGGAGAGAGGGAGCUGUGUUUGUGGUGCUUUACUGUACACCACAGAUCAAUCAUCUGUAUCAGUGAUUGAUUACUGUAACUAACAGCAUCAGUCUUAGGGGUUGUGGGUAUUGAUUUUGGUUUGUUCUUAUUUUUUGUGUUUCUGUGUGUAGCCUAGAGAUUGGGUGGGGGAGCUUCUUCUGAACCAUUAGCUGCCAGUCAUUGUCUGCGUCCCAAAUGGGCCCUGGUUAAAAGUAGUGCGCUACAGUGCCUUUGGAAAGUAUUCAGACCCCUGGACUUUUUCCACAUUUUGUUACGUUACAGCCUUAUUCUAAAAUGGAUUAAAUAAAUAAAAAUCCUCAGCAAUCUACACACAAUACCCCAUAAUGACAAAGCGAAAACAGUUUUUUUGAAAUUUUAGCAAAUGUAUUCGUAUUCAGACCCUUUGCUAUGAAACUCGAAAUUGAGCUCAGAUGCAUCCUGUUUCCAUUGAUCAUCCUCGAGAUGUUUCUACAACUUGAUUGGAGUCCACUUGUGAUAAAUCCUAUUGAUUGGACAUGAUUUGGAAAGGCACACACCUGUCUAUAUAAGGUCCCACAGUUGACAGUGGAUGUCAGAGCAAAAACCAAGCCAUGAGGUUGAAGGAAUUGUCCGUAGAGCUCAGCGACAGGAUUGGGUAAGGGUACCAAAAACUGUCUGCAGCAUUGUAGGUCCCCAAGAACACAGUGGCCUCCAUCAUUCUUAAAUGGAAGAAGUUUGGAACCACCAAGACUCUUCCUAGAGCCGGCCGCCCGGCCAAACUGAGCAAUCAGGGGAGAAGGGCCUUGGUCAGGGAUGUGACCAAGAACCUGAUGGUCACUCUGACAGAGCUCUAGAGUUCAUCUGUCGAGAUGGGAGAACCUUCCAGAAGGACAACCAUCUCUGCAGCACUCCACCAAUCAGGCCUUUAUGGUAGAGUAGCCAGACGGAAGCCACUCCUCAGUAAAAGGCACAUGACAGCCAGCUUGGAGUUUGCCAAAAUGUACCUAAAGACUCUCAGACCAUGAGAAACAAUAUUCUUUGGUCUGAUGAAACCAAGAUUGAACUCUUUGGCCUGAAUGCCAAGCGUCUGGAGGAAACCUGGCACCAUCCCUACAGUGAAGCAUGGUGGUGGCAGCAUCAUGCUGUGGGGAUGUUCUUCAGCGGCAGGGACUGGUAGACUAGUCAGGAUCGAGGGAAAGAUGAACGAUGCAAAGUACAGAGAGAUCCUUAAUGAAAACCUGCUCCAGAGCGCUCAGGACCUCAGACUGGGGCGAAGGUUCACCUUCCAACAGGACAAUGACCCUAAGCACUGUCAUGACUCUCCUGGCUGAGGAUCAAAGGACUCUCUCUCCCACAGAAGAGGGGAAGGGGGGGCUGGGCUGGUUUUGACACCUUAACACUUGGUCGUAAAUUAGGCAGGAGGGGAAUCUCUCUCCUGCUCUCCAGAAUUGGUAAAGGAAUGUGCUUCGUCUCCAGUAGACUUUUGCCGCCAAAACUUUUACGUCCAAAAAGUAAACACUGGAACAAUAUUCCUAACAUCUGAAUGUUUGGAAUGGUCAGUGGGGAGCUAAAGACUAAUCAUGUAUAUUGUUUAUUAUUUUGUGAUGUCAUUAAGGAUGGUAUCAAGAAACUGUAACUCGGAAAGUGUACACAUUCUAUCUAUCAAGUUUACACCCAAAUGUUGUAUAACAUAUAUGAUUAAAGAUGAGAGUAUUUUGUGAAGAUAAGAAUGUGAUUUUAGUCUUCUAAAUGAGAUAAUUAUUUUUCAAAUAAACUUUUGCCCAGUCAGUAACCACGCCCCCAAGUGAGCACCGACAUUGUGUCGGCGUGAUGGAACGCCCCCUUUUUACCCGAGGAUAAAAAGCGUUGGUAACGAAAUUCACAUCAGACCAGCAGACGUGAGGCGUGAGCUAAACGUUACAAAUAGUUGAAACUCUCAGACCAGAACAUUGCCGGGUUGCUACUGGCGUGUAAAAUGGUGGGAAAUUCUGAAACUCUCAACCUCCACAGGAGGUGAAGAAGAUAAGUGCACCAGACCUUAGCAUUACCAGUCUGCAGCUGUACAUGCAAAGUAGUCUAGAACUACUAAAGACACGAGGUAGGAAGAAAGGUAUCAAGCCUUCUCUACUUGUAACUCACAUUUUAUAUAUAACAUAUAUAUCUUUAUAUUCGGGAGAUGGUAGCUCUAUAAACAACUUCUUCCGUGGUGCCCCAAAUUCCUAAUGAGUUAAUUGUUACAUGAUUAAUUUAAUCGGGUAACGAUUAAACAUAGUUAGUUGAUUCGAUAAAUAACAUUCAUCAUAUUAAUGAGAGUCACGUCACGACAGCGCACAGCCAAGACGACGCAGGAGUGGCUUCGGGACAAGUCUCUGAAUGUCCUUGAGUGGCCCAGCCAGAGACCGGACUUGAACCCGAUCGAACAUCUCUGGAGAGACCUGAAAAUAGCUGUGCAGCGACGCUCCCCAUCCAACCUGAUAAAGCUUGAGAGGAUCUGCAGAGAAGAAUGGGAGAAACUCGUCGAAUACAGGUGUGCCAAGCUUGUAGCAUCAUACCCAAGAAGACUCUAUGCUGUAAUCGCUGCCAAAGGAGCUUCAACAAUGUACUGAGUAAAGGGUCUGAAUAAUGUAACAGGGAUAUUUCCGUUUUUUAUUUUAUUUUUUAUAAAUGAGCAAAAAUGUCUAAAAACCUGCUUUUGCUUUGUCAUUAUGGGUAUUGUGUGUAGAUUGAUUAGAGGAAAAAACAAUUUAAUCACUUUUAGAAUAAGGCUGGAACGUAACGAAAUGUGGAAAAAGUCAAGGGGUCUGAAUACUUUCCGAAGGCAUAGGGUGCCAUUUGGGAUGCACACAUUCCCUGCUGAACCACAGUAUGAUCAAGACUAGAGUCCCUGGUAGAAAAUCCUUGACUGAUUUUAGCCUAUUGACCCUUCACAUUUAGGCCUGACUUAAACCUAUUUUGGUGCAGUCAGUGUGACCAGCAUCAGUUACAUAGCCAUGUUUUUCCAGACAUGAGAAAUACAGACGUUAACAGGUGUUUGAGUCGGAGGCAUCCCAGAAUAAACUCCUUCGGAGCACACAACUUCUUGCCCUACUGUGGGUGCUGUGAAGCAGCUCUGAGAUAUUCCGUGACUGUGACUGAGAAGCUCUUAUUCAGUGUGAGGUAAUGCUGUAUAUGUACUGACUAGCUCAUCGUCAUGGUGCUCAGUGGGUGAAUGUUCCCCUCCUUACGUAACAAACCCCUGUUGUUUCUCUGCUCGCUCUGCUCUCUGCAGGAUCCAACCGGACAGGCUUCCUCAGCACACUCAAAGACAGCCCUGCCAGAUAUCCUUUUACUGGGGAGAAUGUGUGUGUGCGUGCGUUUUUAUUUAUGUUUAUUUACUCACCAUUUAAGUGGAAGGUGAUACAGCAUCAGCAUGAUCUCUGAAUGGCAGAUAACGUUGCCCUUAUCUCCCUCGUUCCAACUGUGGGAGUCAUCUAACGUUUAUCACUCACACACACACACACUCACUCUCACACACACACAAACAGACACUCAGAAGAGAUGAACACCAUUUGAGGGGGGUAAAUUCUGCACUGUAAAUUGUAGUACAGGUUUUGGUUUGAUUUGAGGGGAGCGCUAGACGCCGGCAUUUCAUUUCCAUUAGGGAGCAGCCAGAUGCACUGCCUCUGUUUCCAUUAGUCCCCAUCCAGCCACCCCGCUGCUUUUCUGAGAAUCAUGCACCUGUCACGCAUCAUUUGGGCCUUGAUCACACUGCACACAGUCAGGCCCCUAUAAGCCUGCAAAGAGGCAUCGGAUCUGACACGCACACAACUAGAGGGCUGAAAUACACUAAAUAAAUGAUAGGGGCAGAGAGAGAGUCAUUGACGUGCCUUGUGUGUGGCAACUGCGCUGGGUUAGAGGUGUUUGUAUGCAUUGACCGUGUAUGUUAGUCGAUUGGUUGGGAUGUAUCCACUUUGCCUGGAGUCAUUCAGGGCAUUAUAGAGGACACAGCAGUUAUUUAAUGGAGCCGAACCACAUGUAGAGUGCAUUGCCGAGUAAAUCAAUGGCCCCAACACAAUCUUCUGGUAGUCCGUACCACUAUGUCCAACUCUUUGCAUUAGCAAGGUCAAAUGCAAGAGCUCUCUCCACCUCUCACCCACAUUUAGAUGCUGUUCAUCUCAAAUUGGUUUAAUUGAUUCAGUGGCAGGGAUUGCCAUUGAUGCAUGCAUUUUACAUUUACAUUUUAUUCAUUUAGCAGAUGCUCUUAUCCAAAGCGACUUACAGUUAGUGCAAGUCAAUCUUUUCUCAAAGUAACUAUCACCAAAGUCAGAGCUAGUAAGGGGGGAAAAAAGUGUUAGUUCACAAAAUGAUUUUAUUUAGGGGUGAGGAGGGGGUGUGAGGUGGGGUGCUGUGGGAUUAUUUAAGAUACUCUUUGAAGAGGUAGGGUUUCAGAUGUUUUCAUAAGAUGGACAGGGACUAUGCUGUCCUAGUUUCGGGGGGGGAAGCUGGCUCCACCAUUGGGGUGCCAGGACAGAGAAUAACUUUGACUGGGCAUGCAUGCAUGCAUUUUGCAUUGCCAUGAUGAUGUUUGAGUUAUGGUGGUCUCUCUUCCUUGACUGUUUGUCUCACUGUGCUGGAGGUGGUGGUGUGUUUCUUCUCAGUGUGGUCCAUUGUGGGCCUGUCGGGCUUCCAUACCUACCUGAUCAGCUCCAAUCAGACCACCAAUGAGGAUGUGAGUACACACACAAACACGCACACGCACACACACACACACACACACACACACACACACACACACACACACACACACACACCCCACAUCUCUUCCCCCUCUUUCUCUAUCAGUCUCUGACUUCGACUGCUGAUAACAAUUCUGUCUCGCAUUAAGGGUCAUUUCAUGCUUGGGCCUCCAUGUAAUAAGUCGCUGGCUUGAUUUUCUUUCACUUAUGCUGCUGAUGUUCUGGUAGAUUGAACACUCCAGAAUCCUCCCUAAUCCUUCUUAACUGUCUCCUCUGGUCUGAUUGGUUAAGUUCAACUGUCCUCCAAGAGUUGCUGAAUUUCUCUUUCCUUCAGUUUUCUUCUCAAUUCAUGCACCUUGGUUGGAGAGCGAGGUAGCUGCAGUGUUCUCUGUUCCCUCUCCAGAUUAAAGGCUUGUGGUCGAACAAACGGGCGAAGGACAACUACAAUCCCUACAGCUAUGGGAACAUCCUGACCAACUGUUGUGCUGCCCUCUGUGGUCCUCUUCCACCCAGGUGAGUUGCUCUCUGCCAGGGCCAAGCUAACAGCAAGGCUGGGUCGUGUUCAGUUGGGAGAAAACUUUUUGAAACAGGGAGGUACUUGCUGAAACUUAUCCAAUGAGAACACAGCUUUUUGUUUUCCGUUGCAAAACAUUUUUUUGCUAUGGUGUGCACCAGAGUUGUGGACUCGAGUCACAUGACUUGGACUCGAGUCUGACUCAAGUCACAGAUUUGAUGACUUGAGACUCGACUUGCUAGAAAAUAAAAUAACGUGAGACUUGACUUGGACUUCAGACCUCAAGACUACUUUGACUUGAGACUGAUGACUUUAAAUUAUCUGGCCAGGUUUUGUAAUGUUUUGUCGCUCAUUUUGUGUCAUAGAGUCUACGUGGAUUACUCUACAUGCAGUCAGAGACAGUAGCCGUAGCAUCGCCCUUGCAAAAAAACAUGCAACAGAUUGGCUAGUGAAACGCACACUCGGCCCUCUGAUUGGACCAGCAAAUUGUCCAUCAACACAGGUCGGGUGAGCUAGCGAACGGAUUGCUGAUUUGCUGUACAGCUAUAGGAUCAGGUGCAGCGCAAACGUCAAAUUAUAGGGAGAGAGGAUUGCCAUAAUAAAUAAAUAUACAUCUCCAAAAAUGGUUUGGUGAUCAAGAAUAUUAACUGUUUACUUUGCAAGCUCACCAGCAAUGGGGCAACGAUUACUAGCAUAGGCCUACUGGUUUUUUGGUAUGUAAAAAUUGCUUGAAAUUGAUAAUAUACUUAGUUAAAAAUAGCUUGAAAUUGAUAAUUUACUCAUGAAGCAUGUAUUUAAAAUUUGUUGUUAAAAUGAAUUAUUACUUUGACGAAGACGCACCAUAUGUGCCAGUGGAGAGUGCUUUUUCUCUUGUUGAAAUGUUUUCUGUUGCUUUCACACAUUUAAAUGCAUAUGUGGUCAAUCUAUGUUCCAUCUAUUACUACAGUAAUUGCUAGCGUUUCAUCAUUCCAUCCCUGUACCGUUUAUUGCAACACUUAUUUCUGUUUCAGGUUUGAUAGUUAUGUCGGAAGUUCCGUGUGUCUGUGUCCUACUUCUCUGUCAUUUUUGUUGUGCGUAAUAGGAGCACACGUGCCUCAGUGCACAUAGAAAUAGGCUACGUGGCCUGCGCUCCACGCUUUGGAGUCAGAACAUUGAAUAAGAGAAAAUGAUUGUUCCAUGUUUGAAUGGUGUUUAAAUAUCAGUAAUAAUCAUUAUGUCUCAUUAAGACGAAUGUACCAAUGUAACAAUGGAUGUGGAAAUGGCCUUUGACAUUGUAGAACCAGCUGAUUUGGUUGUAUUGCCAAUUGGGAAAUUGUAUGGUCCUGGGGGCCAAGUGCUUAUAUUACCUGUUUGAGCUCCUGUUAGACAGAUUCGAUUUGGUUUCUCAAGGGGAGGCUGUGCAGUCUUGCCCUCUACCUGUGUCAAUUCAGAUAGGACAGGUUAAAAGGAAAAUUCCACCCAAAAACAGAAAUCAUCCACGUAUGAUUUAUGUAUUUUGAAAGUUACAUAUAUUGAAAACCUGAUUGAUGACAUGCAAAACAUUUUGGGACUAUGUCAACAAUUGACUAAUGAAACAAAUACCAAAAUAUGGUUUUUGGGUGGAGUUUUCCUUUAAGCCUGAAAUGGAGGCUAUUUCUUUUGGGCUAUUGUCUGUGUAUAUUUGGUUAAUCUACUUGUAUAUUUUGUAUGAUAUGGCGCUUUCACGAUUGGUUAACCAAGGUCCCUAUUGUACAGUUACAUAGGCUAAUCGAAAUGUGUUAUAGACAAAACAAUGAAAAGGACUGUCUGGUUCCUCAAUAAACAAAGAUUUGUAGUUGAACAAGUCGUUGCAUGUAUUGAUUUUUUUUACUUGACUUAAAGAAAACUUGACUCGACUUGCUCUUAGAAUGCACAACUUGAACUUGACUCGAGUCUUGACCCGUUCUACUUGGGACUCGACUUGCGACUUGCUUGUGACUCAAAUAAUAGCGACUUGGUCCCACCUCUGGUAUGCACUAAUGAGCACGACCCUGCACUGAGGAUCCUCACCAGUCACGACUGUAGCUAUAAGGGAUUUUAGAUUCAGCUCUCAAUCUCUCCCUCCUCCUCCUCUCCCCUCCUCCAUUCCUCUCCCGUUCUGCAUUAGUCAGCACUGACAGAAUGAGCUCCACUUAUGAGAAUCACACAGCCUGCCACUGUUUUUAAUAAACAGCACUUUCAAUCAAGAUAUCCAUCAGCGCACACAGGAAUAUUUACUGUACACUCUGUUUCCGUCGUCUGUCGAGGGAACUUGAACUAGCUUUGUCUUACACGUUAUUGGGAUGAGCUCAGAACAUUGGCUGCGUCCCUAAUAGCAACCUAUUCCCUAUGUAGUCACUACUUUUGACCAGGGCCCAUAAGGCUCUGGUCAAAAGUAGUGCACUAUAUAGGAAAAAGGGUGCGAUUUUGGACACAUCCAUUGUUAGCGUCCCCACAGCAUAUGGUUGGUUAUGACGUUUAACGUAAAUGGUCUGGCUAGAGGAGAUAAUGUCGUUCAGCCAGUAAUUUGCUCUCUCCCAAGUGACACCACAAUAUAUUAGUGUACAUUUAGUGUCAAUGUUGUUUUUGGCACUAAUUUGACUCCAUACACAUUACAAUACCCCCAGAUACAAAAUCAGGUUAGUUUGUCAAACAUCUGGUGGAUCAACAUUUUAUCAUUGAUUCAUUAUCAAGUCUAUUACAUGAAUGGGUUACAACUGACUUGAGAAUAGUUGAGCAAUGUGAUGUGUAAUAAUAGUUGAGUUAUGUGUAAGGUUUGUUCAGUAGGUAGGUAGAGGUAACUGCCAAAAUAAUGGAAGCACUUGAGUAAUAAUAAUAAUAAUAAUAUGCCAUUAGCAGACGCUUAUCCAAAGCGACUUACCGUCAUGCGUGCAUACAUGUAUUAUUUUUGGUGAUGGGUGGCCCGGGAUCGAACCACUCCCUUGGCGUUACAAGCGCCGUGCUCUACCAGCUGAGCUACAGAGGACCACGUAAAUGAGGGAUACAACGUUUAUUGAAUGCAGGUGCUUUCACACAGGUGUGACUCCUGAGUUAAUUAAUCAAUUAACAUCCCAUCAUGCUUAGGGUCAAGCCAUCAUGCUAGCAAGCCAUUAUUUUGGCUACCAUGGCUAUGCCCCCAUAGGAUGACAAUGCCCCCAUCCACAGGGCACGAGUGGCCACUGAAUGGUUUGAUGAGCAUGAAAACGAUAUUAACCAAAUGCCAUGGCCAUCUGUCACCAGAUCUCAACUCAAUUAAAUACUUGUGGAAAGAUUCUGGGGCGGCGUCUGAGACAGUGUUUUCCACCACCAUCAACAAAACACCAAAUUAUUACAUUUCUUGUGGAAGAAUGGUGUCGCAUCCGUCCAAUAGAGUACCAGACACUUGUAGAAUCUAUGCCAAGAUGCAUUGAAGCUGUUCUGGCUCGUGGUGGACCCAACACCCUAUUAAGACACUUUAUGUUGGUGUUUCCUUUACUUUGGCAGUUACCUGUACAUUGGGUUGGAUCCUGUGGGAAUUUCACACAUCAUUAACACGUUUGCCGUUACCUCAAGGGAAUGUGUUGGGGAUCGUUCCCCAUCUGGAGACAGGUGGCUGCAAUCUGCUCUGUGUGUGGGUAUGCAUGGAGGGAUGGGCCUGGAGGCUUCUCACACACAAGCACAAAUGCAUGCACCGAGGCAGAUUGCGUACAGACACACACGCUCUAACAGACACACAACCGCUUUUGCGGGCACACACACACCCAAGCAAACUCAUCCAUGCUCUUGCCGACACACACACACAUACACACACACUUCAAGACUUCUGCUCAUGUUCCCUGUCUUCUCUUCCUAGUCUUAUUGACCGAAGAGGCUUCAUCCAGUCAGUCACACCCCAGCCUGUGUCACACUCCAACGGCAGCAGCAUGUAUGCCUCCACCCAGCUUCACACUCACAUGGUAGGUUGUAUGUGUGUGUGUGUGGUUCUUUGUGCAUUCUAUAGAGAGAUGUUAAGGGUUUGACAGGACUGAGUUGGCACUUCAGUAUUUAUAUCUACUGAGAAACGCUUAAUACUGUAUGUCAGCAACACACUCAAGUGCUCUCGCUUACAAAUGGCAAACUUUGUUGUUAUUACAAGCCAAGAGAGAACAGUAAUCUGUCUACAGUGCCUUGCAAAAGUAUUCAUCCCCCUUGGCGUUUUUCAUAUUUUGUUGCAUUACAACCUGUAAUUUAAAUUGAUUUUUAUUUGGAUUUCAUGAAAUGGACAUACACAAAAUAGUCCAAAUUGGUGAAGUGGAAUGAAAAAAAAAAAUGGUUUCAAAAAAUGCUAAAAAAAUAAAUAAUGGAAAAGUAGUGCGUGCAUAUGUAUUCAACUGCUUUGCUAUGAAGCCCCUAAAUAAGAUCUGGUUCAACCAAUUACCUUCAGAAGUUACGUAAUUAGUUAAAUAAAGUCCACCUGUGUGCAAUCUAAGUGUCACAUGAUCUGAGUAUAUACAGUUGAAGUCGGAAGUUUACAUACACUUAGGUUGGAGUCAUUAAAACUCGUUUUUCAACCACUCCACAAAUUUCUUGUUAGCAAAUUAUAGUUUUGGCAAGUCGGUUAGGACAUCUACUUUGUGCAUGACACAAGUAGUUUUUCCAACAAAUGUUUACAGACAGAUUAUUUCACUUAUAAUUCACUGUAACACAAUUCCAGUGGGUCAGAAGUUUACAUACACUAAGUUGACUGUGCCUUUAAACAGCUUGGAAAAUUCCAGAAAAUGAUGUCAUGGCUUUAGAAGCUUCUGAUAGGUUAAUGGACAUCAUUUGAGUCAAUUUCAGGUGUACCUGUGGAUGUAUUUCAAGGCCUACCUUCAAACUCAGUGCCUCUUUGCUUGACAUCAUGGGAAAAUCAAAAGAAAUCAGCCAAGACCUCAGACAAAGAAUUGUAGACCUCCACAAGUCUGGUUCAUCCUUGGGAGCAAUUUCCAAAUGCCUGAAGGUACCACAUUCAUCUGUACAAACAAUAGUACGCAAGUAUAAACACCAUGGGACCAUGCAGCCGUGAUACUGCUCAGGAAGGAGACGCGUUCUGUCUCCUAGAGAUGAACGUACUUUGGUGCGAAAAGUGCAAAUCAAUCCCAGAACAACAGCAAAGGACCUUGUGAAGAUGCUGGAGGAAAUAGGUACAAAAGUAUCUAUAUCCACAGUAAAACGAGUCCUAAAUCGACAUAACAUGAAAGACCGCUCAGCAAGGGAGAAGCCACUGCUCCAAAACCACCAUAAAAAAGCCAGACUACGGUUUGCAACUGCACAUGGGGACAAACAUCAUACUUUUUGGAGAAAUGUCCUCUGGUCUGAUGAAACAAAAAUAGAACUGUUUGGCCAUAAUGACCAUCGUUGUGUUUGGAGAAAGGGGGGGGGGGGGGGGGGGGGAGGACGGGGUAUCAGCAUCAUAAUAAUAAUAAUAAUCAUGCUGUGGGGAUGCUUUGCUGCAGGAGGGACUAGUGCACUUCAUAAAAUAGAUGGCAUCAUGAGGAAGGAAAAUGAUGUGGAUAUAUUGAAGCAACAUCUCAAGACAUCAGUCAGGAAGUUAAAGCUUGGUCGCAAAUGGUCUUCCAAAUGGACAAUGACACCAAGCAUACUUCCAAAGUUGUGGCAAAAUGGCUUAAGGACAACAAAGUCAAGGUAUUGGAGUGGCCAUCACAAAGCCCUGACCUCAAUCCUAUAGAACAUUUGUGGGCAGAACUGAAAAAGCAUGUGCGAGCAAGGAGGCCUACAAACCUAACUCAGUUACACCAGCUCUGUCAGGAGGAAUGGGCCAACAUUCACCCAACUUAUUGUGGGAAGCUUGGGGAAGGCUACCCGAAAUGUUUGACCCAUGUUAAACAAUUUAACGGCAAUGCUAACAAAUACUACUUGAGUGUAUGUAAACUUCUGAUUAAAUGUCAGGAAUUGUGAAAAACUGAGUUUAAAUGUAUUUGGCUAAGGUAAACUUCCAACUUCAACUGUAUCCACCUGUUCUGAAAGGCCCCAGAGUCUGCAACACCACUAAGCAAGGGGCACCACCAAGCAAGCGGCACCAUGAAGACCAAGGAGCUCUCCAAACAGGUCAGGGACAAAGUUGUGGAGAAGUACAGAUCAGGGUUGGGUUAUAAAAAAAUAUCCGAAACUUUGAACAUCCCACGGAGCACCAUUAAAUCCAUUAUAAAAAUGGAAAGAAUAUGGCACCACAACAAACCUGCCAAGAGAGGGCCGCCCACCAAAACUCACGGACCAGGCAAGGAGGGCAUUAAUCAGAGGCAACAAAGACGCCAAAGAUAACCCUGAAGGAGCUGCAAAGCUCCACAGCGGAGAUUGGAAUAUCUGUCCAUAGGACCACUUUAAGGACCACUUUAAGCCAUACACUCCACAGAGCUGGACUUUACGGAAGAGUGGCCAGAAAAAAGCCAUUGCUUAAAGAAAAAAAAUAAGCAAACACGUUUGGUGUUCGCCAAAAGGCAUGUGGGCGACUCCCCAAACAUAUGGAAGAAGGUACUCUGGUCAGAUGAGACUAAAAUUUAGCUUUUUGGCCAUCAAGGAAAACGUUAUGUCUGGCGCAAACCCAACCCCUCUCAUCACCCCGAGAACACCAUCCCCAAAGUGAAGCAUGGUGGUGGCAGCAUCAUGCUGUGGGGAUGUUUUUCAUCGGCAGGGACUGGGAAACUGGUCAGAAUUUAAGGAAUGAUGGAUGGCGCUAAAUACAGGGAAAUUCUUGAGGGAAACCUGUUUCAGUCUUCCAUAGAUCUGAGACUGGGACGGAGGUUCACCUUCCAGCAGGACAAUGACCCUAAGCAUACUGCUUAAGUAACACUUGAGUGGUUUAAGGGGAAAUAUUUAAAUGUCUUGGAAUGACCUAGUCAAAGCCCAGAUCUCAAUCAAAUUGAGAGUCUGUGGUAUGACUUAAAGAUUGCUGUACACCAGUGGAACCCAUCCAACUUGAAGGAGCUGGAGCAGUUUUGCCUUGAAGAAUGGGCAAACAUCCCAGUGGCUAGAUGUGCCAAGCUUAUAGCGACAUACCCCAAGAGACUUGUAGCUGUAAUUGCUGCAAAAGGUGGCUAGUUAUGCACGCUCAAGUUUUCUGUUUUUAUGUCUUAUUUGUUGUUUGUUUCAUAAUAAAAAAUAUUUUGUAUCUUCAAAGUGGUAGGCAUGUUGUGUAAAUCAAAUGAUACAAACCCCCCAAAAAUCCAUCUUAAUUCCAGGUUGUGAGGCAACAAAAUAGGAAAAAUGCCAAGGGGGGUGAAUACUUUCGCAAGCCACUGUAUCGUUAAAAAAAGUUUAAUAGCCUUAUGGUCUCGUCAAAUACCUGUCAUGUACCCCUAUUACCAUCUCUGUCAUUAUUGGGAUCUGAACUUCUCUUCCUCCUCUUUCUUUCUCUUUUCUUUCUCUCUCUCUCCUCUCUUACUUCUCUCUCUUUCUCGCUCGCUUGCUCCCUGCCGGUGGCUGCUGUGGGCUAUACCCUGUGAUCCGGAGAGCAGUAUUUAAUAGUGAAUGAACACAGCUCAUGUGUUUGUAUUCAUUAAUUCAACGGGGUGUAGCUUCUCACUUCUCACUCUGCUUUUAAGUGUGAUGGAUGAAUAACUCCUAUCAUCCUCCCUCUGAAUAUAUCCAUGUUUUAAAUCACAGGUACUCUGCUGAAUACUGACGUGUAUAAUUCUGAUGUGUAUAAUUCUCCCAACGUCUGUGGAUCCUCUCCCUGCAUUACUUUUCAAAUAGGCGUUUUAUAUCUCAAGCAGAAUAAUCAUAAUCUCCUGGCUGGUUCCUCAUUAGCAUACAGCCUUGUUUGAAGCUGGCAGCUGUGAGAACAAGUAGCUUUGGCCAUACGCCUGUGGAGAGAUUGUGAAAAUGUUCCACAUUUGUAACAAAAAUAAUCAAUUUCGGGCAAUCUCAAAAUGUAAGUUGUUUGAGUUGAAGUAGUGAGUUUAAUGAGGUAUUGAGUUGAUUUGACAUGCUAAUGUGUCCGUGGUAAUGGCAUGUUCUAUCUAUCUCUCCAUUUCACUUUCCCUGUCUUCUCAGUGUGACCAAGAGCACUGCAUUCAGAACACCAAAUUCGUUUUUCAGGCUGCCGCCACCCCCCUGCUCCACAGCGACCCCGUCAUGAUUGGUGGAGGGGGACCCCCUUUCCCUGGGAAGAGUUCCUUGGGGGUCCCCUGUGCCGCCUCCCUGGCCCCCAGCCAGCCCUCCCUGCCCUCCUCCAUGCCCGGGCUGGGCUGUGCGGGGGACAUGUUGUCUCUGAGGGACCCAGACACCCACUGCCACCACCACCACUUUCCCAGCCCUGAGGAGACUCCCUUGCCCCCUGGCCCUAUGCCUCUGACUUUGCCCUGCGCCGCCCACAGGGGACACAUGAACCCAGCCCAGCUCUACGACCCUGCCAGCCAGGACUCUCUGCACGAGGACUCUGUCAGGGGCCUGGUCAAACUCAGCUCUGUCUGAGACUGGGCCCCACUGCCAUCUCCCCCUGGCUCUUUGGAACCACUACCCAGACUCUGUCAGCGUGCCAAAUGGCACCCUAUUCCCUAUGUAAUGCACUACUUUUGACCAGGGCCCAUGGACUCUAGUAAAAAGUUGUGCCUCUUCCUCUCCCUCUCUCCUUCCCUCCACACUGCCGGCUCAGGACCAAAGCCAUACUUCCCCUAACAUUCCACCCCAGCCCUCCCUCCAUCCCUCCAUCCCACCCAGAUUUGCACCCCCACCUGUUGAGAUAAGCUAUUCUAGUGCCAAACAGACAGACCCUCAGUCCUCACUACACCUGACCAGGACCAAAUCACACUUCUGACUCCCACUUCCUCUUCACAGUAGUAUAGCUAGUGCUCUACCAGGUGUCUACCAGGCCUGGAUGCAGGUAAAGCCUUCUGCCAAAUGCUCAUGACUUGUGCUCUAUUCUCCAAUGACAUGUAGAGGAAACUACCUACCUGGACCAGGCUGUGUCAUUGUCUGAAAAUGAGACUGACUCUCUCUCCUCUCUCUCAGCUAAACCUACCAAGGCAGUUGCCAUUUGGGUUUGCUGACAUCCAAAGACACACACAGCGUGACACUUCUCUGGUUCUUCAGGUCUGUUGAUUAGCUGGAAAGACAUGAAUCAGGACUAAAUACAGGACUUGUUUAUAGUUUGCCAUGUGGGUUGUGUGUCCUGAGUGGUGACACUCUUUUAUACAGUAAUAAUGGACACAGCCAAUCAGUGUUGUCCAUGGCCACAGAUGAUGUCACUUCCUGUUUGAGAUUGUGUUGACACUGUACGUGGUGAUCGGUGGUGUUCAUCAGUCCGUCCUGGUGUCUGUGUGACGCUAGUCGCAUUGAAUCUUUGUUUUGUUAAAAUGUGAUGCCAAAACAUGGCGGCAUCCCAAAUGUCACACUCUAUUUAGUGCAUUACUUUUGACCAGGGCCUAUGGGGCUCUGGCAAAAGUAGUGCACUAAAUAGGGAAUAGGGUGCCAUUUGGGAUGUAGAUUAAAUGUAAUGUGAUGAUUGUGCCAAGAAAUUCUCAUUGACUUCCAUCUUUAUACAUUAAUGCCUGUGGAUAAUUAAUAAAUUCACAUAUGUUUAUGUACAAGAGUGGAUUUUAUUUAUUCAACCAGCCGGUGCGCAGUCACUUGGCAGAAAUGCAACACAAUACCCAAUAGCCUUUUCAGUGAAUACCCUUUGCAGACGGAAAUUAGCUGCUAGCUAAAUCUGGUACAACUGUUGACAAAAUUCUGGUAGAUUUCCCAAAAUUCCCAGGUUUUCCAGAAGUCACAGUUGGAAGAUUCCCAGAAUCAGGAGGGAAUAUGCAGAAAAUCCGGAAACCUCCAACCAGGAUUUCUAGAAAACCUGGGAAUUUAGGGAAAGUUACCGGCAUUUUGCAACUGUAAUCUGUUGACCAAACUUUAUUUGGAGUAGACAAUUCCAUUCCAACAGCUUCUUCUGUACCAUGCUACCAAGUGUAUGACUAUGUAUCAUGCUCUCUCACAAAUGUAUGACUGAAUGCUUGCAGUUCAGGGCCGGCGCUAGCCUUUUGGGGGACCUAAGCGAGAUUUGGUUGGGAGACCACUAUAAUUUUUUGUUUUAAAGUAAAUUUCCUGCAAUUCUACACAUUUUGCCAUGUUCUUUUGGAGUUUAAUUUAUUUGAUCAUUUAAAACAAGGUACACGUAUAAAAUUAUGCACUUGAUUAAGAAUCAUUGAGGAUAAACACUAAAAAGUCUAUGACCUUUCCAUUGGGGAGUAGAGAAAAUGGUGCAGUUUUAAAGUAAUCGUUCUGCAAUUCUACACAUUUGCCAUGGGUUGGAGAGAAAAGGUUUACAGUUUUACAACUAAUUUCCUGCAAUUCUACUCAAUUUGCCAUGGGGUGGAGAUACAUUUUAAAAGUAAUUUCCUGCAAUUCCCCUGGCGGCCAGGGGCCCUAAGCGAUCGCUUAUGUCACUUAUGCCUGGAGCUGGCCCUGAGUCAGCUGAUGGCAGUGACUGAUAUCUUAUUUACAGUGUGUAGGUACUGUUAGGUCUACCUGGCUAAACCAGCUGUGAGGGAUCUGCUGCUGUCUGGAUAGUGAGAUUAUGUUGAUGUGGAUGCUAUUUUUAGGGCUGAUAGACUGUAUACUGCUCUCUAGUGGAUACACUGAGGACAGAUUCACUUGCCCUCAGGUUUAUCAUCUGUACUGAAAGUACUGUAGCUUGGUCCCAGAUCGGUUUGUGCUCUUGCCAUUGCUCAUUGUCAAGACAAACAGUGAUUAUGAGUUGGCAUGAUAGCACAAACAGACUGGCAAUCAGUCUAUACUUAUCAUUUUAAAAAAUGUAUAGGGCAAUAUGAAUAUAACAUUCACAAUCAUGUUUGACAAUUUAUUUCAGGAACAAAUAUGUAAUUCCAUCAAACAGUGGAGGCGUGCAUGGCUACGCAGUCAUGGUUGAACAGGGAGUACAGGAGGGGGCUGAGCACACACCCUUGUGGGGCCCCAGUGUUGAGGAUCAGUGAUGUGGAGAUGUUGUUUCCUACCUUCACCACACGGCCCGUCAGUAAGUCCAGGACCCAAUUGCACAGGGCGGGGUUGAGACCCAGGGCCUCAAGCUUAAUGAUGAGCUUGGAGGGUACUAUGGUGUUGAAUGCUGAGCUAUAGUCAAUGAACAGCAUUCUUACAUAGGUAUUCUUCUUGUCCAGAUUGGAUAGGGCAGUGUGCAAAUUGAAGUGGGUCUAGGGUGACAUAAGGUGGAGGUGACAUGAUCCUUGACUAGUCUCUCAAAGCACUUCAUGAUUACAGAUGUGAUUGCUACAGGGUGAUAGUAAUGUAGUUCAGAAACCUUUGCAUUCUUGGGUACAGGAACAAUGGUGACCAUCUUGAAGCAUGUGGGGACAGCAGACUGGUAUAGGGAAAUUGAAUGUCCAUAAACACACCAGCCAGCUGGUCUGCGCAUGCUCUGAGGACGCGGCUAGGAAUGCCGUCUGGGCCGGCAGCCUUGCGAGGGUUAACACGUUUAAAUGUUUUACGUCAGCCACGGAGAAGGAGAGUCCACAGUUCUUGGUAGCUGGUCGCGUCGGGUGGCGCUGUGUUAUCCUCAAAGCUGGCAAAUAACUUGUUUAGUUUGUCUGGCAGCAAGACGUCGGUGACCGCGACGUGGCUGCUUUUCUUAUUGUAGUCCGUGAUUGUCUGUAAACCCUGCCACAUACGUCUCGUGACUGAGCCGUUUAAUUGCGACUCCACUUUGUCUCGAUAUUGACGUUUUGUCUGUUUAAUUCCCUUGCGGAGGGAAAGACCACUUUGUGAAGUAAAUUAGGUGAUAAAGUAUGUGAAAAGGAGACUGGAGUGCGACUUUUAAUUUGUUAGUUUAUUAUGGUCAUACAUCUUUAUAUACACUUGAGUCAUUUCCUAUGGCAAAGCUUGUGGGCUUUUGCUUACAGUUGUUCUUGGUUAAUAUUCAAAAAUAACUUCAGUUUUGGGAACAGAAAUUACUCAACACACAGGUGGCAUAAGCACAAAAUCCACCUUUAAAAUGAUAGAUCAGGUAUAUUUGUGUGGAAACUUGCAUAGGAAAGAGCUCCCUGAUAAUUUAAUAUUUGCGCAGAUAUUGCUUAUAGCAGACCUGCACUCUGGAAAUAGGUAUGUAAUGUGUAUGAUCAAUUCCCUGAUCUAAUACCUUUGUUACAUAGUGGUUAAGUUGCUAUAUAAGCCGUGGUUACGUUGCUAUAUAAACCGUGGUUAAGUUACUAUAUAAGCCAUGGUUAAGUUGCUAUAUAAGCCAUUGUCAUUUCAGCCACAGUUCCCAGUAUAUCGUAUACAUAAAAUAAACCUUUUUGGUUAGCAAAGGUAAACAAGAAUGUAAUUCAAAACCCCUCCUGGAAGACGUACAGAAUUACCUAACCAUACAAGCUCACUCUUGUACUACAUAGUAUUUUCUAUAUUAUAAACUGGGUGGUUCGAGCCCUGAAUGCUGAUUGGCUGAUAGCCGUGGUAUAUCAGACUGUAUACCACAGGUAUGACAAAACAUUUAUUUUUACUGCUCUAAUUAUGUUGGUAACCAGUUUAUAAUAGCAAUAAGGCACCUCAGGGGUUUGUGAUAUAUGGCCAGUAUACCAUGGCUAAGGGCUGUGUCCAGGCACUCUGCGUUGCGUCGUGCUUAAGAACAGCCCUUAGCCAUGGUAUAUUGGCCAUAUACCACACCCCCUCGGGCCUUAUUGCUGAAACAUAUCACAUGAUGUGAUAUUAGAUUGGAGUAGUGCAACAGCUUAGAGCUAUAUUAAAUUAGAUAAGCUUUCAUCCAUUUUUUAUGCCCAUGGCAUAACAUAUUUAGCCGUAGAGUCUAGUAAAUUAGAUAACCAGCUAAUAGGAAUGCUUUCACAUUCCAGGGGUGAAAGGUUAAACGGCUCCAGCACACGCUUAAAUAACAAGCAUUAAUAGAGGAAAGUACUGCUAUUCUGAUGCAUUAGGAUGAAAAUGAAUAUUACAAAACUGAUCAUAGCAUCACUAUCGCCCUGCCCUUGUUGCUUCAAAUUAAUAAAAGGCGUUUGUGUCUACCUACCCGUUUGUGUCUACCUACCCAUACCUGCUUCAACAGAUAAUUUGCUAAUUACAUUCAACCUGCCCCAAAAUGAAUUGACAUGUUGUCAGACACUUGAUUAGUAGUCCAUUAAUGUACUGAGAGUCCCAAAUUAAAACCAAACAUAUGCACAUAGGAGGAAUAUCAAGGACGCAAUGGGUAGAGGACAUGCAGUGGCAGAUGCUUUUCAACGAAGCUGUAUGAGACCCUGGCUGAGGAGGCUAUGGGUCCUCAUUCUCCAUGCUUCUCCCAAAAUGUGCACUUGCACACUUUCUUGCAUGGCUUUUACAAUGGUGGAUACUUCCUCCAGCCAAUGCUUACACCAAUCCUAUGCUUUAAAUCCAUGACGGGAGUGUGCAAGGUCUGCUACUGCUACUACAUUUCUGGAAAAGGGUUGUGAAUCGUGACGUAGCCAGAGUUGGAGGUCAUUCUAAGGGUGACUGGGGUCAGAUCUUAGAGGUCAGAUCUUGGAGGUCAGGAGUGUGUCCCAACAAUAUCUCCUUAAACGCAUUGGAUUGAUGAAGGCAUAGGCUAGCUAGAGGAAGUUAACCACCAUAUUUCUCAUACCGGUCAUUUCCUUUCAAAUCAGUGAAGGAAUGUGAACAAGUGCACACUUUGGGAGGAAGGAGAGACAAUUGGGACAUAAGACCGAUUUUUGGAGGUCAGGGGUCACCACAGCUUGAUAUCCAGCAGCUGCAGGUCUCCCAGGAUCUCCAGCUCGGUAAUACGGCUCAGGUCCUGGACACGGUGCUUAUAGUCCAGAUGGUGGACCCCGUUCACCGCUACCUUGAACUGGUUGGCCUCACACAGGAUGAUCAUCUAGAACGAGCAACACACGGGAGAGGAUAUGAGGGGUAG